UGACCCUGCUUUUCUGUACACACACACACACACACAGUAAAAACGCAGCAGCCACUUAAAAGCCAACGCUAUGGCGCUUUGACCAGAGAUUUCCCACCACGCAUGCAAACAAUCGCCAUGAACACUUUUAGUCUCCGCUGACUUUCCCCACCGCGCUUUUUCCCGGGCGAAAUGGCGAGCGCGCUGCAGAUGAAGCCCUCCGGUCUGGAGCACACACGGAAGCGCGUGAUUGAUCCACGACGGAGACAGGCUGCUCUCUCAUUCCUCAGCAACAUCUCUCUGGAUGGACGACCCGUGCAGGAUGACGGGGACAUCCAGGCGGAGGAGGAGGAGGAGGAUGCCUCGAGGACUAGACAGAGCCUGGUUUGCGCUAUGGGCCAGCAGGCAUUGGCCGCGGCAGCGAACCAGGCUCUCAGCAGUGCCCGCGCCGCUGGAUUCAUGGCCGGGACUGUGGCUCCUAGCGCGGCCGCGGCGGCUCCUCCUCCUCCGGAUCCGGACGGGGACGCUCAGCUGCUACAGUCCGCCUUCAGCUCCCCAUUUUCAGCGGUGCCGCCAGCUACCAGAGGGAGACUCCAGACUUACACUCAGGGAAUCCUGCCGGUGUCAUACGCCCGGCAGUCCAGCCAGAACUACUGCUGUCUAGAGGGAGGGCAGAUUGCCAACUCAGCCCUGGAGCUCCAGAGAUCCAGGCGGAGACUAAUAUCCCAGCGUUCUUCUCUGGAGACUCUUGAGGAUAUUGAGGAGAAUGCACCUCUACGCAGAUGCCGAACUUUAUCCGGUUCUCCCCGACCAAAGAGUUUCAAGAAGGUCCACUUCAUUAAAAACAUGAGACAGCAUGAUAUGCGCAAUGGAAGGAUAGUCCUUAUCAGUGGCAGAAGAUCCUUCUAUAGUGUUUUUUCUGUCCUGCCCUAUCGAGAUUGUAGCCAAACAGGCAGGGAUGUGAAGGCAGAAAGCGGACGCCAGCGACACCCCUCAGGUGGAAUGAGUGCCAAGGAGAUGGUGAUCGGCCUGGAGGGGGUUGAACUGGGUGCAGAUGGCAAGACGGUGUCAUAUGCACAGUUUCUGUAUCCCACCAAUGUCCUGGGCCGUCGAAACACCAUCGACUCCACGUCGUCUUUCUCUCAGUCUCGUAACGCCAGCCAUCGCAGCCUCAUUCUGGCUCGUGCCAACAGUAACCAGAGUAGCCUUGACACAGGGAAUGAAUUGGGAGAUUUCAGGGAGUACGACCCAAAUCUUCUGGAUGACCCGCAGUGGCCAUGUGGAAAACACAAAAGAGUACUCAUCUUUCCCUCAUACAUGACCACGGUCAUCGAGUACGUCAAACCCUCUGAUCUGAAGAAGGACAUGAACGAGACCUUCAAGGAGAAGUUCCCACACAUUCGUCUAACACUGAGCAAAAUCAGAAGCCUGAAGAGAGAGAUCCGGAAACUCACCCAGGAGGAGUUCGGCUACGAGGAGUCUACAGUGGCCAUGGCUUUUGUUUACUUCGAGAAGCUGGUGCUUCAGGGCAAACUCAACAAACAGAACCGCAAACUCUGCGCCGGAGCCUGCGUCCUCCUUGCAGCCAAGAUCGGAGGAGACCUGAAGAAACAUGAAGUCAAGCUCCUGAUCGAUAAACUGGAGGAGAGGUUUAGGGUGAACCGUCGAGAGCUGAUCGCCUUCGAGUUCCCAGUUCUGGUGGCUCUAGAGUUCAACCUGCACCUCCCCGAGCACGAGGUCAUGCCACAUUACAGACGCCUGCUGCAAAACUCCUAGCGACUGCCCCAUCAGGAGAAACCGAGCGUCUCUCCUGAUCUUCCCCCGAAAAACCCUAUGCACAUCGCCAACGUCCACGAUCAUCUCCAGAUGUUGGAACGAAGACACUAUUCCACUGUUCUCCUUUCAGCCAAAGUGACAGCUCUUUCGUUUUCACUUGAAGAAGCUACUUUCUAAAGGGAAGACCUUUUUCCUUGACUGUUGAUUUUUCUCAGUUAACUGGAGACAUUUGUUUUCCUACUUGCAAGUGUUAGACAUACUGAGGGUUCUGUCAGCAUUUGAUCGCCCAUGUUGUUCGAAUAAGGCUGUUUUUUUUCUCUCUCGAUGAAACACAAAAGUAGCAAGAAAUCGAUGUUUUCAAUACAGUGGCAAGCUACAAAAACGCGACAAAAUUGGUCCGUUUGACCAGUGCUCUGUUCUGAAGCCAUACAAUAAGUUUUCAUGAGAAGAAGACUCAACGUUCAUCCAAAAAUGAAAAUCACGCCAAACUUGUAUUGCUUUGUUUUAUGCGCAGAACUCAAUUGUUGAUAUUCUAAAGUAGGGCUGCACUAACGAAAAAUCUGACAUUGCAAUAUUUAAUUGUUCUAUUAUUAUAUAUUGCAAUAUAUGAUGCAUCUAUUCAGUUUCACCAAAUGAUUGAAUAGCACUACUUGAAAAGAAUCUAUAGACACGCUUUAUUUUAGGCAGGGGAGGCUUAACUCACCUAGGCUAGAAACAUCCUUGCAGGUAUGUUGAGGCAAGUUGGUACUAAAACCUGCAGGACACCGGUUCUCCUGGAAGGAGUUUGGGCACCCCUGAUUUUAAGGCUCAUUUUAAGGGACUGAUAUUUUCAGUCCCGCUCUCGCCAGGUAUUAUUCCGCACUCUACCCCUAGAGGGCCGGUGUCUAGCAAAGUUUAGCUUCAACCCCAAUCAGACACACCUGGGCCAGCUAAUCAAACUCUUACAAGGCUUUCUAGAAGCAUCCUUGCAGGUAUUUUGAGGCAAGUUGGAACUAGAAUCUGCAGGACACCGGUCCUCCAGGACUGAGUUUGGGCACCCCUGAUUUUAAGGCUCAUUUUAAGGGACUGAUAUUUUCAGUCCCGCUCUCGCCAGGUAUUAUUCCGCACUCUACCCCUGGAGGGCCGGUGUCUAGCAAAGUUUAGCUUCAACCCCAAUCAGAGACACCUGGGCCAGCUAAUCAAACUCUUACAAGGCUUUCUAGAAGCAUCCUUGCAGGUAUGUUGAGGCAAGUUGGAACUAGAAUCUGCAAGACAACGGUCCUCCAGGACGGAGUUUGGGCACCCCUCAUUUUAAGGCUCAUUUUAAGGGACUGAUAUUUUCAGUCCCGCUCUCGCCAGGUAUUAUUCCGCACUCGACCCCUGGAGGGCCAGUGUCCAGCAAAGUUUAGCUUCAACCCCAAUCAGAAACACCUGGGCCAGCUAAUCAAACUCUUACAAGGCUUUCUAGAAGCAUCCUUGCAAGUAUGUUGAGGCAAGUUGGAACUAGAAUCUGCAGGACACCGGUCCUCCAGGACUGAGUUUGGGCACCCCUGAUUUUAAGGCUCAUUUUAAGGGACUGAUAUUUUCAGUCCCGCUCUCGCCAGGUAUUAUUCCGCACUCAACCCCUGGAGGGCCGGUGUCCAGCAAAGUUUAGCUUCAACCCCAAUCAAAAAACACCUGGGCCAGCUAAUCAAACUCUUACAAGGCUUUCUAGAAGCAUGCUUGCAAGUAUGUUGAGGCAAGUUGGAACUAGAAUCUGCAGGACAACGGUCCUCCAGGACGGAGUUUGGGCACCCCUGAUUUUAAGGCUCAUUUUAAGGGACUGAUAUUUUCAGUCCCGCUCUCGCCAGGUAUUAUUCUGCACUCGACUCCUGGAGGGCCGGUGUCCAGCAAAGUUUAGCUUCAACCCCAAUCAGACACACCUGGGCCAGCUAAUCAAACUCUUACAAGGCUUUCUAGAAGCAUCCUUGCAGGUAUGUUGAGGCAAGUUGGUACUAAAAUCUGCAGGAGACCGGUCCUCCAGGACGGAGUUUGGGCACCCCUGAUUUUAAGGCUCACUUCCCGCUAGAGGUCUGUGCGGGACUGAUUU